CCCAUCCUCUAGAUCAAGACCACCCCCAGAAACAUUAUGCAUUCAUCACAGAAGGGGUGUAACCUAAGACCACCCCUCAGAUAAGGCGGUCUAAAACAGAACAUUUGCAUGUUGUUUUCUCCUGUCGCUUUGUUUAUUUCCUGUCUGGCAGGUUACUUGAUUGGAUUUCUUGGGGAGCCUUGGCAGUCUUUUGUAAUGAUAAGGCUCACACCCUUAUUCAAACACAGAUUAAGACAGGAUUUGUGAAGGAAGAGACAAUGGGGAGGCUUUUCCAUUUUUACCAUGCAGAGAAACAUUUGCUCAGUUUAGGAAUCAAAAUGGUUCCAGGUUGGCUUUCCUGUGCUGAUCUAUGUACGUGUGGUUAUGAACGUUGCCAUAUAUCUAAAACCAUAAAAUUCCUAUCACAACACCAAACUGGGAGGGGUAGCUAAUGCUGCAGAUGAUAGAAUCGGGAUUCAAGAUUAUCCUCACAGAUUGAAGAACUGGGUCCAAACUAAUAGAAUGAAUUUCAAUAGGGACAAAUGUCAGGUUCUACACUAGACAGAAAGAACCAGCUGCACAAAUAUAAGAUUGGGGGACACCUGGCUUGUCAGUAGUUCAUGUGGAAAGGAUCUAAGGGUCUUAGGAGACCACAGUCUUAGCAUGUCAACAAUGUGAUGUAGCUGCGGAAAAAGCUAAUGCUAUUCAAGGCUGCACUAACAAAAGUAUAGUGCCCAUUUCAAGGGAAAUAAUAAGAUGGCUCUCUAUUCUAUUUUGGUCAUACCACACCUGGAAUAUUGUGUCCAGUCCUGGAUGCCACAGUUUAAGAAGGAUAUUGACAAGCUGGUGGUAAGAGCUGUUUGACAAUGGAAUGGACUUCCUCAGAAGAUGGUUGACUCUCCUUCCUUGGAAGUUUUUAAACAGAAGUUGGAUGGACAUCUGUCAUGGAUGCUUUGGUUGAGAUUUUGCAUUGCAGGGAGUUGGACUAGAUGACCCUCAGGAUCCCUUCCAACUCUACAGUCUAUGAUUCUGUUAUCUUUAAUUAGCCUGACUGUGCAUAUAUACAGUACCUAUUAUAAUAUUCAUAUGUAGCUAGGGAUUUGGGAGAAAUUCAAUUCAGGUUAAAAGCAAAACCUACGUUAUUCACAUAUUCCGAAACCAUAUGCAAAGUGAAACAGACCCAUUCUUCAAAAUCUGCACUUCUCUGAAUUUUGGAAUGCAGUUCUCCAGCCAAGUAACGUCCACAAAAUGCAUAUAUUAGUAAUAAAACUAAAACAAAAAACAAAAACAUGCAUACUUACAAAUAUGCAUUGUGUUUGGGAAAAUUGCUUUGCAAAAACUGUCUGACAUAUUAUUAGCAUUAAAUUUAUUUAUUCACGAGCAGGUCCCAGGGUGUGUUACCAUAAUCUAAAAUGCAAUGCUAAAAGCAGUUUAAGCAAAUCACAAGAGUAGGGCAGGUCCCAAAAACACACUUCUCAGGUGUCAAAAGCCAAGGCAAAGAGGUAUAUCAUCAGCAUACGAUUAAAAACUGUAUAACGAAGGUGCCAGACAUACAGUGAGGGGGGAAAGUAUUUGAUCCCCUGCUAAAUUUGCCCGUUUGCCUUCUGACGAAGAAAUGACCAGUCCAUAAUUUUAAUGGUAGGUUUAUUGUAGUUGUGAGAGAUAGAAUAACAACAGGAAAAACCCCAGAAACCCAGAAGACAAAAGUUAGAGAUUGAUGUGCAUUAGAAUGAGUGAAAUAAGUAUUUGAUCCCCUAUCAACCAGCCAGAUGUCAGGCUACCUGGCAUCUUCACUGUAUGUAAUGAGCUGAGAUUAGAACCACCUGCUGUAAGGGAGCGGUCCUACCUGUAAUCCCAGCUCGUUACAGUACCUGUACAAAAGACACCUGUCGACAGAAGCAAAUCUGGUGAGAGGUAACUUAAUACAAUUGCUCAUAUUGUUAGCAAUUUGUUAACUUAAUGCAACAUAUAUAGGAUAGAUUGAAACAAGCUGACUCCUCAUAUAAUUGGCAGCCGCUUGUUAAAUUUCUGGAUUAAAGUCAUAUGGAAAUGUUAGGUAGGAAAUUCUAAAGAUUAACUCUUUGGCUGUGAGGACGUUCUUUACUUCACCUUAGUAUAACCUGGUGGCUGGUGGCUGUUUCCCUGAUACUAUGAAUUUUUAAUCAUAUAAGUCUGCACAUUUUAAAUUUACAUUUGGUUAUAUUAAAAGCACAGUACAGUAUUCAGGGGUGAAAAUCCUCUCCUCCUACCAGAGGGAGGGGUUGUGAGCAGGAGAUGAUUCCCGCAUCAUGCAGGUGGCGCUCCGCCCCCUGCUUCAACUCCAGGGCUGGUGUGCCACGCCCCUCCCCAGUUGGGCACCCAAUAGGGAAGCUCGGUGGGGGCGUGGCUUGCCGUUUAAAUGCGGCUGCGCCAGCCACCCCGCCAUUGCACACACAUUUUCUUCAAGUCAACAGGGUCGUCUUCGUUGAGGUAAGCAGAAGCCAGGGAAGUGCUUGCUAGGAGGUUUGGCCACUCUGAUUGCUUGAUUGUGUGUGCAGCGCGACUGUGUGUUUGCUAGUGCGUGUGCUUUGUGAGUGUGUGGUUGCCUGUGUGUUUGUUUGCUAGCGUGGGUGCUUGGAGAGAGUGAGAGAGUGAUUGACUGCUGCAUCUUCUCCAGCAAUUUGCCUUUUAAAAAUUGGAAGCAGCAGCGCACCGACCCCUCUCGCUCUCCAGGCUUCAGGAAGCUAUCCGCAAGCCUUGCAAGCCAGGCGGGAGUUCCCGCGGGCUCACAAAGCUUGCGGGUGGCAGCCUGCAGCCUGAAGCACGGGGAGCCCUCCGGAGGGCGCCCCGUGCUUCAGGCAGGUGUGCGCAAGGCUUGGGGUGGCAGCCGCGGCUGGGGGAGGAAAUAAUUUUUUUUUAUUCAUUCCCCCCCCCCAAAAAAACGAGGUGCGUCCUAUGGGCCGGUGCGCCCUAUAGGACGAAAAAUAUGGUAUUUUCCUGUCAGGCAGAUGACAGAGUGAGGAACCCUCUUCCCAGCACUUUGUUUAUCUGCAUGCCAAACUACAAACUGACAAACUACAAUUCCCAGGAUUCCUCGAGGGGACACCAUUUUCUAAGUUCCCUGGGAAGAGGGAUUGAUUGCUAAACCACUUUAUCAGAUGCACAGAAUUAUCCUAAAUUGGCCAAGUGAUGUACACACAAAUGCUUGGGAGGCAGAGGGUAUGGAGAGGUCAAGAGGGAAGCAAAAUGCGAAAAAACCCCAGGCAGUUGGUAAUUGUGUAAAGGGAAAUAAUAAUAAUACCCUGCCCUUCUGGGUAUAAAUACCCAACCACUCUGGGCUGCUUUAAAAACAAUAAAAUGUCACACAGUAAAAACUUCCCGAAACAGAGACCAGCAGAGGAUGAUAAUUGUCACUGUAACUAUUUAGGGAGUGAUUGUUAAACCACUUUGAUACUUGUUGCUCUCAAACAGGAACAGAGAUCUCCUAACAACUCUCAGCACCUUCAACAAACUAUAGUUCCCAGUAUUCUUUGAGGGAAGCCAUGAGGACCAUUUAAAGUGGUAUAAUACUGUCAACCAGCACAUGGGCGUAGCCAGGAUCUUUGUGGGGGGGCCAGGAUUUGGUUGGGGGGGUCAGGACUUUUGUUGGGGGGCAGAACCGACGUGAUUGGUCAGUUAGUUAAGAAUUUACAGUAUAUUGUUUUACUUGAUUGGAGGGGAGCUGCUCCCCCCGCUACACCCAUGAACCAGAGUCCUUUUUUAACUCAUGGAACCUUAUGCUGAAUAUAAUUUGCUAGUCUUUAUGUUACCAUGAGACUCUUGGUUGCUUCUGCUGUGAAACAGAAUUAACACAGCAGUUUCCCACCUUGGGAAUUGUUUUAAGCAAAUCAGUUUAACAGUGCAGUGGCAUAAUAUGUGAGUGGGUUCUGGAAGCAGUGGGAGUCUGAGUGGUUGUUAGUUAAGAACAUAAGAUCUUGCUGGAUCAAGCCAAUGGUCCAUCUAGUCUAGAAUCCUGUUUUCACAAUGGCCAUUCAGAUGCAUCUGGAAAACCCUCAAUCGCAACUCCAGUGGUUUCCAGCAACUGGUAUUCAGAAGCACUGCAGUCUCUGAACUGGAGGCAGAGCACAGCCAUUAUGGCUUGUAGCCACUGAUAGCCAUGUCCUCCAUGAAUUUGUCCAGUCCUCUUUUAAAGCCACCCAAAAUUGGUGGUCGUCACUGCCUCCUGUGGGAUUGAGUUCCAGAGUUUAUCACACAAUUGUACACUGCAUUAUCCUAACAAGAGUUUCUCUAUAUAGGUCUUUAGGAAGCCAGCAUGGUUGAGCCAGGUAAGAGAGCCUGUUUACUUUCUUGGGGAUUGGGUAACUGUAACCGUAUAGUCCAAAGGAGUUGUCUCAAACUCUCAGUCAGUGACACAAACUCUCCUCACCUCCACCCCCACUCAGCGCAGAUUAAAAUUGGAAGCAUGCUUCACUGUUAGGAUCUGUUGACACUAUGGCAUUAAUGUGUUAAAAAUGUGUAGAUUAGUAAAAAUAACAUUUUUAAAAAUGUAUUGUUUUAGAGAAAUUGCUUUGCAAAAAAAAAUGUGUGCACUAAGGAAUAUUGCAUAAAAAUGUAUAUAUUAGGAGAAAUCAGCAUUGAAAUGUUGGUAAAUUUUCAUGAGAAUUUGUUUGCAUUUGCUUUUAAAUCAAGCUGAUAUGGAAAUGUGAACUGAACCUAAGACCGGAAAACAUGAGGAACAGAAAGUAACUUAAACUGACAAAUAUGCCCAUCACAGUUGUAGCUCACCUGAUGCUUUUUUGCAUUUUACAGUCAUACCUCUGGUUGCGAACAUGAUCCAUGCGGGAGGCACGUUCGCAACCCACAGUGUUCAUAGCCUGAAGCGCCGCGUCUGCGCACGCGCAUGAUGCAAUCCAAAGCUUCUGUGCAUGCGCAUGAUGUCAUUUUGUGCUUCUGCGCAUGCAUGAGGGCCCAAACCCGGAAGUAACCCGUUCCGGUACUUCCGGGUUCGGCGCGGUCUGCAACCUGAAAACCCGCAACCAGCAGCGUUCGUAAAGGUAUGACUGUAUAUGUACUUGAGAUCCAUUAUAUCUUAUUAAAACAAGUCUCUCUUUCAGUAUCUGCAGUUUUGGGAGGUGCAGCCGGCUUGGGUAAGUAAUCUGGAUUUCCAGUUGGGGAAGUUUGGGUGAUCAUUUUGCUUGUAGCAGCAUGAAUGAAGCUUGCAAGUCAUUGGAAAUGGUGGAGUUCACAAUGAAAGUCUGGCUUGAUGACAUCUGUGAAAUGGCUUUGACAGAACACCUGGCAUAUCAAAACAGAAUAACUGAAGGGAUAGCCAAUACCACUAAAUUUAACAAAAUUUGGAUGCCCUUUCUGCAUUAAGCAAAUACAGUGAUAUCUCAGGUUAAGUACUUAAUUCGUUCCAGAGGUCCAUUCUUAACCUGAAACUGUUCUUAACCUGAAGCACCACUUUAGCUAAUGGGGCCGCCUCCUGCUGCCGCGCCACUGGAGCACGAUUUCUGUUCUCAUCCUGAAGCAAAGUUCUUCACCCAAGGUACUAUUUCUGGGUUAGCGGAGUCUGUAACCUGAAGAGUAUGUAACCUGAAGCGUAUGUAACCCGAGGUACCACUGUAUCUAUAUAUCGUAGUCAGUUCCCCCACCUUUUUUUCAAGAAAAAAAGCCCUGGUAGCAGGGAUAGCCAAAGCAGGAAGGAUGGCAGGGGUGGGUGGAUGGAGGAGAGAAACAAACUGCCUUGACUGUCAGAAAUGCAGCUGAAGUUAUGGCAAGUUGUAGUGAGCAGGUGCUAGCAACGGAGGUACCUAGUGCUGGUGAAAAGGUUUGUCCCCCCUCACUCCACUGGUCUCAGAAACUGUGACUGGUCUAGGGCUACUCUGAAUUUUUAAAGCGAAAAAGGGACUUGAACCAAAUUCUCCCCAAGCCCAAGUUUCUAGGCACCUGGUUGCCCGGCCCACCCCCCUUCCAAAAUCAAUGAGGUCUGGACGCAAAAUUAUGCAUUUGCUUGAUUGGGCAUAUUUUUAGAAUCCACCUUAUUCAUAUGGCAUUAAGUUGUUUUCUAUUGCCUUUAAAUAUUGUGUUUUAAUUGUUGUAAGCUGCUUUGGGACCUUGGGGUAAAAGAUGGAUUGAUGAUGACGACAACGAUAGGUGGAGAGCUUUACACGCCAAGUCGUCUGAAUUAGUUGCUCCUAGUUUAAUAAUUUUAGAUCGGGCUUCCUCAAACUCAGCCCUCCAUAUGUUUUUUGCCUACAGUUCCCAUGAUCCCUAGCUAGCAGGACCAGUGGUCAGGGAUGAUGGGAAUUAUAGUCUCAAAACAUCUGGAGGGCCAAGUCUGAGGAAGCCUAUUUUAGAUGAGAAGCAACCAGGAGCUGCUUCCCCUUUCGUCCUAGCAGGGCUCCAUGAAUUCGUCCCAUGGAGCAAGCAAUUUGCAUUCUCACUCUCUCCUUGUACCAAUUGCAAGAGCCAUAAAAUGAUGUCAGAGGUUUUCCCCCAAUCCCUACUCUCUUGCCAUCCAGCAACUUUCGCUGAUAGUACGUGGAGGCUCAGUGACCCACAGAUGGCUUUCACUCCCCAAUUAGCAAGAUAAGCACGUUCUCUCUGGGGGUGCAGCAGACCACACAAACCCCCAAUUGGAAACCACUGCCCUAAAUACCCCAGCCCAAGAGCCUUAGCUUUUGAAAUUAGAGUGUCAGUCAAGGCCUCACCAUCCCAGGCCAGGUGGGAAAAGGCCUGCAAGGUCUCCUAGGACCCACAGCCAAGACGGUUAAGCACUGUGGUCUAGGCAAUUUAGAUUUAAGGCUUCUAUCAUGUAACAUAUUCCUAAUUCUGUGUUCUUGCAGCAGUGGCCACAAUUGGUGCCCCAGUAGCACUGGGAGCAGCAGGCUUCACUGGAGCUGGAAUUGCAGCUGGCUCUCUGGCUGCAAAAAUGAUGUCGGCAGCAGCCAUCGCCAAUGGUGGAGGAGUAGCAGCUGGGAGCGCUGUUGCCGUGCUUCAGUCAGUCAGUAUGUCUGCUGCUCUCAGGACAAGAACCCCAUGAUUGGCAGAGCCAGUCUCCGCACCUUGAGAUCUUCAUCACAAUAACUGUGUGUCUUGAUCAUCUUCUAGGUGCUGCUGGGCUGUCCGCUGCUACCACAGCUGCAGUGACAGCUGGUGGAGCACUGCUGGCUGCCAUCUUCCCUUAAGAAGAAGACACACAUACGCAGAGGCCCUAUCUACUUGGAAAAGCAGUACUUGGAAGAUCAUGCUUUGCCGUCAACGGCAUAAAUUACCUUAAGCAAAAUGUGAUUUUAAUCAAUGCUACGUUAUUCCUAUUGGCCAAAAUGUGCAACAACAAAUAAAGCUUUGAGAAUUCAACAAGAGUGUUAGCAAGAAAGCUGAUUGGUGGCAUCGCACAACGCACAUGUAAAAUACUUGCUGUCCCAUGAGGAAAAGAUCCAUGUUUUCCUUAGCAGGCUUUUGACUUCAGUGUUUUGUGCUGCACUGGGGAAAACUCCAUUUCCCCUCUUUCCACAAUUAUGAGCUUCUUAGUUGAGAAUCCCAUUCUGACUGG